UCUCUCCGGGAGAUCAGGUGUUUUAAACCUCCCUCCCUCGGUGUCUCCUCACUGCGCUUUCUCCCCGCCUCCCUCCCUCCACAGACGGACACUUUGAGAGGAAGUUCCCCCCCGCACGGUGCGCGGUGCGCCCGGAGCCCCGGAGACAUGAGGCGGCGGUAGGGACACUUUACACCGGGGAGAGGAGCAGCACGGAGGGGAAACAGCGGAGAGACCGGGACCGCGGCCAAGCUGAAUUCUCCGGGGCUGCUGACUAUGCCCCGGAGCCCCACCUCCAGCGAGGAUGAAAUGGCUCAGAGCUGUUCAGACUACUCCGACGACUGCGCCUCCGACAGCUCCCGAGAAGAAACCAUCUACGAGACGAUAAAGGCCACGGCCGAGCAAUCUCAGAGCCGCAUGGACGACAUCAGCACCAACUCGCUGGUCGUCCGCAUCCUCAUCCCCGACCUGCAGCAGUCGAAAUGCAUGCGGUUCAACCCGGAUGCGACCAUUUGGGUCGCAAAGCAGCGGAUCCUGUGCACGCUGAAUCAGACCCUCAAAGACGUGCUCAACUAUGGGCUUUUCCAGCCGGCCAGCAAUGGGAGGGACGGGAAGUUCCUGGAAGAAGAGCGCGUUUUCAGAGAGUACCCUCAGCCAAUCACCAAGGGGGUCCCAUCCCUGGAGUUCCGCUACAAGAGCAGAGUCUACAAGCAACCCGAUGUGGACGAGAAACAGAUUGCCAAACUUCACACAAAGGCCAAUCUGAGGAAGUUCAUGGACCUCAUCCAACAUAAUCAGGUGGACAAAGUGUUGAAGCUGCUGGAGAGAGGCUUCGAUCCAAACUACCAUGACAGUGAGACUGGUGAGAGUCCGCUGACAUUUGCCGCUCACCUGGACAACAUGGUGGAGAUGAUCAAGGUUUUGAAGAAUGGAGGCUCUCACCUGGACUUCAGAGCUAAAGACGGCAUGACGUCUCUGCACAAAGCUGCUCGCUCCAAGAACCACGUCACACUCACGACGCUGCUGGAGUUGGGGGCUUCUCCGGACUACAAGGACAGUCGUGGUCUGACCCCUCUGUACCACAGUGUGGUGGGGGGGGGGGACCCCGGCUGCUGCGAGCUGCUGCUCAACCACCACGCCUCCGUCUGCUGCCAGGACGAGAAUGGCUGGCACGAGGUUCACCAGGCUUGCCGUCACGGCCAUGUUCAGCAUCUGGAACAUCUGCUGUUCUACGGAGCAGACAUGAGCGCCCAGAAUGCAUCAGGAAACUCAGCCCUACACAUCUGUGCCCUAUACAACCAGGAUAACUGUGCCAGAGUGCUGCUUGUUCGUGGAGCCCACAAGGACGUGAAGAACUACAACAGCCAGAGUCCAUUUCAGGUCGCCAUUAUUGCUGGGAACUUCGAGCUUGCAGAACUCGUGAAGAACCACAAAGAGACAGAUAUAG